AUCAAAGUACCAAAGGUGAGAGAGAGAGAGAGUUAGACACACACACAGGAAAAGGUAAAGGUGCAAGAAGGUAAUUGUUGAUAUUAAAGAUGAAGAUGAUGAUCAGAUGAUAAUGAUGAUGAUAAUGUGAGGAUGCAUGUUGUAUGUAAUAUCAACAUCUGCCUAUGAGCAUGUUAUAUGUUGCUGAUCCUUGGCACGCGUCCAACCGUUUAUAGUUUUUGGCGCGUGCCAGAUGCUCUCUCUCACUCUCUCUAUGUGUCUCCCUCUCCUUAGAUAUUAACAUCUUCUCUCUCUCUCUCUCUCCCCUCUCAUCAUUAUCAUCCUUAGUCUCUUUUAACGGUUAUCACUCUCUCUCUCUCUCUCUCCUCUUUAUCUGUUUCAGAUUUGAAAGUAAACGACAAUUUGAACCAUUUAAACAUGAACAUUGAUAGAAUCAACAUCUCAUUUUAUUAGAUUUGUGAAAAUUGUAUUUAUUAAAUUGUGACUCUUUUAAUUCUCUAUUUUCUCAUCAAUUAUGAAGCAAAUGAUUCAACCCUCUAAAAGUAAUCAAAUUGUUCAUCGAAAUAAUUUAAUUGUUUCAUCACCUUCAUCAUCUCCUCCUCAUCCUCCUGCUCGAGUUGUUGUUGCUCGAAGUGAUUUACCAGGACCAGGAACUUGUGUCGGCCAAUGGUUGGUUGAAAUUCGUCGUCGAACUGAAAUGGAAAGUCUGAGUGCUCUUCAGGCUAAAUCAGUCGCUCUAGAACAAGACUCUGUUCGUGCUCUAUCGGUUCGAUGUGCCCAAGUUUCAGUUCGAAAGGUUCGAUUUGCUUCCGUUCAAAUUAUCGAUGAUAUUGAUAUUCUCAUCGACACUUUACCAGUAACUUGUGGACGACUUCGAGAUUGUCAACACGAUUUCAACAUAAUCUACAGUAACAUUGUUAAUCUUGUCGAUACUUGUGCUCGUAAAAGACCCGAAAGUGAAUUGGCCAUUUUAUACAAAAUCGCGGACGAGGUUCGAUCAAUUUGUGGUACAUUGAACUUAUUUAUGACUGAUUUUCUACGGAAAAACAAGGUUAACAAUGCCCAACUUGAGGCCUACCUCCGUAAAUUAAAGGAGAGACUCGGUGAACUAGUCGAUUCAACAAUCAGAUGGGAAUGUCAGAUAAUCUCAUCAGGACUUAAUCGUCACAUUGAAAGUUUGACCCUUAAAUGGUCACUUUUUGCCCUCUGGCAAUUGACCAAAAACGAUGCUUACAUUUGUCGCAUUUUCGUCCAAGACAAUGGAAUAAUCAAUCGACUGAUUAAAAUCGUUUCAUCAAAUAUUCUUGGUAAACCUUUUGUUGGUCAAGAUCAAAUUCGAGCCGCUGCUUUUAGGACAUUAACUCACCUUUGUAUUAAUCCGGACGCAAUUAGGACAAUUUAUAAUCGUCUUGAUAUGGACAAACAUAUAAUCAUCCCUUUGCAAAGGGAAACAUCAGAAAUUGUGAUCAGAGAGAUAACUGGAUUUCUAGUACAAAUUACAACUCCAUUCAUUGAUUAUAAACGGUCAACUCAGAAAGACACUUGUCUUGCCUCUUUCAUCAAUGGAUCACCUUUGGAUGAGUUAAUUACUUCGUUAAUUGCUGUUGCCACCGAAACAGAUUCUCAUGAGAUUUUCCUUCUAAUCACUGCUUCCAUUGCAAAUAUCUCUUUCUACGAGCCUGAGUUAAUCAUUCGAACUCGAACUCUUUCAAUCCUAAUGACUGCGACUCGAUCAAAGUCCCGGUUCUCUAAUGAUACCGCAAUUAAGGAUCAAAUCAUCACAAUUAUGGCAAAUGUGUCUUCCAUUGAUACUAAUGAAAUUGUUAAAUGUGGUGCAUUAGUUUAUCUAAUUAGUGCCCUUCAAAUGAGACCGAUCACCGUUGAAGGUGAUGAAGUUGAACUCGCGGCCAUUGAACGGAUUCAACAGAAAGUGGCCACAGCGUUAACCAGAUUAGCGUCUAAUCAAAACGUCGCCGGAUUAAUUUACGAGUUAAAAGGCUGCCAAAGAUUAGUACAAAUCUGUAAGGAGCCAAGGGAACGUAAUUACAGUGAGACUGUGCUAAUUGCUUCGUUAAUUGCUCUUCGAAGACUUUGUUCAAUGUUAAAACCUGAAACAAUUAAGUUGAUCAAUGCCGUUGAUUUAGUUACACUAAACCUUGAACAAGCUUUUAGUCAAUGUAACAAAAUGACAGAAAGUUACGUUUAACAAACUUUAAAUCAUUUUCAUCAAUUUCCCCGUGAAACAAAAAAAAUCAACAUCAAUUGUUCAACAAUUAACUUUUCCUAAACUGUCACCAACUUGAUUAACCGAUUUCGAUAUUUACAUAAUUGUAUAUAUAAAUUAAAUGUAAUCACUGUAAUUAUAAAAACUUUGACCCAUAAAGUUGAAGAUAUAAUCAACUUAUGGAAAGUAUAAUUAACUUAUUUCUGUUUUUAUCUUUACAAUAAAUGAAUAAUUAUCAUCGUUAA